UGUCCUGAACGCUCAUCAUCUAUAUCCCCCAACUCCAACAUAGAGAAGUCGCCGCCCGCCGCCCGUCUCGCAGAUAACACAAACUCAUGGGCGCUGGAAAGAAGGCGCAGCGCCAUGCGAAGCAGCAGCAGUUGCGCUCGCGGACUACGCGCUCGAGCAAGGGCAGGGUGAUCUCACCGUCGGACCCCGAAAACAAUGGGCGGCUGCUCACCGAGCAGCUGCGCGGGCUGGGGCUGUAUGCGGCGGACACGCUGGGCGACGGGAACUGCCUGUUCCGCGCCCUGUCCGACCAGCUAUACGGCAGCCCCUCACGGCACGCCCUCCUCCGUGCCCGUGUAUGCGAUUGGAUCGAAGCCCAUGGCGAGCGCUACGCCCCUUUUGUGGAGGACGAGCGCGGGCUGGAGGCUCACUUGCGCUGCAUGCGUGAGAACGGUACCUACGGCGGGCACCUCGAACUCUCCGCAUUCGCUCAUAUGACUGGAAAGAAUGUGAAGGUCAUUCAGCCGGCGCUGGUCUACGUGAUCGCCGCCAAUGCCAUGGACGACUCGGCGCCCGAUGCAUCCACCUCGACAGCCGAACAACAGUCCGACGAGGGCGCCGACGGGCUCUUGAGUGGGCGCGAGAAGCGGCAGGCUCGGCGGGAGCGGAAGCGGACGGAGAAGGACGCGCUACCCGUACCUACGCCUGAUCCGAACGAGGGCGAGGUCCCCGACACCGUCUAUGUUGCCUACCACGACUGGGAGCACUUCUCCUCCAUCCGCAACUUGCGCGGCCCGCACUCGGGCCUGCCCAUGGUGCAGGAGAUCCGUCCAGAGCCCCAACCCGCAUCGCCUGCAACGCCCAAGAAGAAGGUGCCGCGAGUGAAGCUCAAGCUGUCGAAUCCGUCGACGCCAGCGUCUUCCUCGAAGCCGCCGUCCACCGUCGUCUCCCCACCGCCAUCCAUCGCACCCUCCUCCAUCGCCUCCCUCGCCCAAUCCUCCCUCAACUUGGCUUCGCCCGCACAGGUUCCGCUCCCCAUAUCGCGAUCGCCAUCUCCGCUGCACAGCCGCUCGCCGAAGCGCUCCUUCGACGAGUCGUCCCUAUCCUCGUUGGAGGAAACGGAGAACGGCGCGGACACCAAACGUCGGCGGCCAUCGCCGCUCGCACCGCUGCCCACUGAGGACACCGAGGAUACGCCCGAGCUUUCGGCACCAGGCAGCGCAUCUUCGCGCGAGAGCAGCGCGUUCUCGUCCAGUCUAUCCGAGCUGACGACCGAGGAGGAAGAGGAAGAAAUCGAGGAGGAGCCUCCCGCGCCGCCAUCGCCGCCGCCCGUACCGCUCACCCAGCGGCAGCGGAAGAAGCUGAAAUUGCCCAAGCAGCGGCCGGGCCAGCGCAGCGCGGGGACGAUCGUCAUCCCCGGCGGGCGGUUCAAGCGGCAGCAGCCCGUCGCGGUCGCGGCGCCGGACGAGGAGUGGGUGCGCAACGGCACGGGCCGCGUCGACGUGCGCGGCUUCCGCGAGCUGAAGAUCUAGCGCUGGCGCCCCGCGCGCCUCACGACGUUCACGAUGGUCACGAACUCUACCUACGUCCACCAUUCGCUCUUGUCUCGUCCCGUCUGCUGCCACGAUCUCCUCUACUCGUCACGCCUCUACCCGCACACGACGCACCGGUCUAAUCGCAUCGUCCACAUCUGUAUACCUGCGCAUCCCUUCAUCCUGCAUUCGUACCCUACACCUGCACACGCAUGUACGCACUAUUCGCUGGCACACGCACGUACGCACUAUUGCCACGCACGCAUGUAAGCACUACCGCACGCACGCAUAAAGCAUAGCUGGACAGUCGCAAUGCAUAGUUUUUCUUUCUUCUCCUCCAGGGUCUGGGUAGCACUAGUUUGUAUGUAGUAUUAUCUAUUUAUUGUUAGAAAGCUGUAUCCCAGUGAUCAUACAAGGCGUGGGUGGCUG